AUGGCCACGCAAACGUUUGAGACGAACGGCGUUCGCGUCGCCGUAGAAGGCUGCGGCCACGGCACGCUCAACGCGAUCUACGCCGCCGUCGCCACCUCCUGCGCCGCCCGCGGCUGGGACGGCGUCGACAUCCUCAUCAUCGGCGGCGAUUUCCAGGCCGCCCGCAACGCCUCCGACCUCACCGUCAUGUCCGUCCCCGCAAAGUACCGCGAGCUUGGCGACUUCUGGGAGUACUACGCCGGCCGCCGCGUCGCGCCCUACCUGACCGUCUUCGCGGCCGGCAACCACGAGGCCGCGGCGCACCUGUGGGAGCUCUACUACGGCGGCUGGGCGGCGCCGAACAUCUACUACCUUGGCGCGGCGAACGUGCUGCGCCUUGGCCCGCUGCGGAUCGCGGCGAUGAGCGGCAUCUGGAAGGGCUUCGACUACCGCAAGACGCACCACGAGAGGCUGCCGAUGGGCCCGGACGAGAUCAAGAGCUUCUAUCACGUGAGGGAGGUUGAUGUGCGGAAGCUGCUGCUUGUUAGGGAGCAGGUUGACGUUGGGGUCAGCCAUGACUGGCCGAGGGGGAUUGAGAGGUGGGGUGAUGAGAAGGCGCUGUGGCGGAUGAAGCCUGAUUUUGAGAGGGAGUCGAAGGACGGCUCGUUGGGGAAUGUUGCGGCGGAGUAUGUCUGUGACCGAUUGAGGCCGCCUUAUUGGUUUUCGGCGCAUUUGCAUUGCAAGUUUGCCGCGUUGAAGAUCUACAAGGAUGAUGAUGGUGCGAAGGACGCGGAGGCGAAGGGUGCAGCUGCAGAGACCGCUCCGGUGCCUGACCCAGCUGCGGCGCCAGAGGGAAACCCGGAUGAGAUUGAUUUGGAUGGUGAUGAGGAUGUUGUGGACGCACCACCAAUUACGCAGACGAACCCGAACGAGAUUGAUCUCGACGAAGACGAAGACGACGAGUCAGCCGCCGCUGCGAAUGCCCCGGCCAGCAAGCCGGAACCCGUCACCAAGAACACCGUCUCCGAAGAACUGCGCGCCCAGCUUCCCGCAUCAUUCGCCCGCCCCCAACCGCAGGCCAAGCGGACGCCGGGCCAACCCGUCCCGCCCACCAUCACAAACAAGCAGGUCAACUUCCUCGCCCUCGACAAGUGCCUCCCCCGCCGGCACUUCCUCCAGCUCCUCGAGGCGCGCCCUCACAACGUCCUCCCCGCCGACCAGCCUGCGCCCGCCCGCCCCUUCCGUCUGCAGUACGACCCCGAGUGGCUCGCCAUCACCCGCGUCUUCCACCCGACGCUGAAGAUCGGGGACCCGUCGGCGCACACCCCUCAGGACCUGGGCGAGGAGCACUACGCGCCGCUCAUUGAUGCGGAGCGCAAGUGGGUUGAGGAGAACAUCGUUGCGAAGGACAGGCUGGAUAUCCCGCUCAACUUUGAGGUCACGGCGCCGCCUCACACCGAGGGCGAGCCCGAGUCGGUGCCGCACCAGCCGUUUGAGUAUACCAGCCCGCAGACGGCGGCGUUCUGCGAGCUGCUGGAGAUUCAGAACAUUUGGGACGCGAGCGAGGAGGAGCGCCUGGAGAGAAAGGCCAGGGGACCGCCUGCUGGGGAGUUUAGAGGACACCGAGGCGGCGGAAGAGGCUUUCAUCGGGGCGGACGUGGUGGUCGAGGCGGUAGAGGUCGGGGAAGGGGCAGAGGCCGAGGUUGGCAUUAG